UCCCGGGGCCGCCGCCGCCCGUCCCCGCCUCCCCCUGCCCGCCGCCCCGGCCCCGUCCCCCGCCGGGGCCCCUCGGCCCGACCAUGGCCACCAGGAAGGCGGGCUCCCGGCUGGAGACGGAGAUCGAGCGGUGUCGCUCCGAGUGCCAGUGGGAGCGGAUUCCCGAGCUCGUCAAGCAGCUCUCGGCCAAGCUCAUCGCGAACGAUGACAUGGCAGAGCUUCUUCUUGGGGAAUCGAAACUAGAACAAUUUUUGAAGGAAAAUACUCUUAAACACAGUAAUAGUCCCCGGGGCCCCCAGCCAAAGCUGACUGAGGUCAGGAAACAUCUCACGGCAGCACUUGAUAGGGGUAAUCUCAAGCCAGAAUUCCUACAAGAAGCUAACCUGAUAAUGGCCAAAUUAAACUAUGUGGAAGGUGAUUACAAAGAAGCUCUGAACACAUAUGCUAGAGUUGGUGUUGAUGACUUGCAGCUGACUGCAGUGCCACCUUAUCGGCUACGGAUGAUUGCUGAAGCAUAUUCUACAAAGGGUCUCUGUCUUGAGAAGCUGCCAAUAUCUUCCUCAGCGAGCAAUCUCCAUGUGGACCGUGAACAAGAAAUUGUUACGUGCUAUGAGAAGGCUGGGGAUAUUGCUCUCCUGUACCUUCAGGAGAUAGAAAGGGUAAUUAAUGCCAACAUACAAAACAGAAGCCCUAAGCCAGGGCCCACUGCACAUGAACAAGAGCUUGGUUUUUUCCUGGAAACAGGACUUCAGAGAGCACAUGUUCUAUAUUUCAAGAAUGGGAACUUGACAAGAGGAGUUGGUAGAUUUAGAGAGUUACUAAGAGCUGUUGAAACAAGAACUACACAAAACCUGCGAAUGACAAUAGCAAGACAACUUGCAGAAAUUUUGUUACGAGGUAUGUGUGAACAGAGUUACUGGAAUCCACUGGAGGAUCCUCCUCACCAAUCACCCCUUGAUGAUCCACUUCGAAAAGGUUCAAAUAUGAAGAAUUAUGCGCUCAGUAGGAGACCACGGGUAUACACUGGAGAAAACAUCUUCUGUCCUCAAGAAAAUACAGAAGAAGCCUUACUCUUGCUGCUUAUUAGUGAAUCUAUGGCUAACCGGGAUGCUGUACUGAGCAGAAUACCAGAGCACAAGAAUGAUCGCAUCAUCAGUUUGCAAAGUGCAUCUGUGGUCUACGAUUUACUUACAAUAGCCUUGGGAAGAAGAGGCCAGUAUGAAAUGCUUUCAGAGUGUUUAGAAAGAGCCAUGAAGUUUGCUUUUGAAGAGUUCCAUCUCUGGUAUCAGUUUGCAUUGUCCUUAAUGGCCGCAGGAAAAUCUGCUCGAGCUGUUAAAGUCUUGAAGGAAUGUAUACGUUUGAAACCAGAUGAUGCAACGAUUCCACUCCUUGCUGCAAAGCUCUGCAUGGGAUCUCUGCACUGGUUGGAAGAAGCUGAAAGGUUUGCCAAAGCAGUUGUUGAUCUUGGGGACAAAACAUCAGAGUUCAAAGCAAAAGGCUACUUGGCACUGGGAUUGACUUACAGUCUGCAGGCAACUGAUGCAUCUUUGCGAGGGAUGCAAGAGGUCUUGCAGAGAAAGGCUCUUCUUGCAUUUCAGAGGGCUCACAGUUUGUCUCCAACGGAUCAUUUGGCAGCAUUUUACUUGGCACUGCAGCUUGCCAUUUCCAGACAGAUACCAGAAGCUUUGGGUUAUGUUCGUCAGGCUCUGCAGCUACAAGGAGAUGAUGCCAACUCUCUUCAUCUCCUUGCACUCUUGCUAUCAGCCCAGAAACACUACCAUGAUGCUUUGAAUAUCAUUGAUAUGGCCUUGAGUGAAUAUCCAGAAAAUUUUAUAUUACUGUUUACAAAAGUCAAAUUGGAGUCCCUGUGCAGAGGCCCAGAUGAAGCACUCCUUACCUGUAAACACAUGCUCCAGAUUUGGAAAUCCUGCUACAAUCUAACUAACCCAAGUGAUUCUGGACGUGGGAGCAGCUUGUUAGACAGAGCUAUUGCUGAUAGACGACAGCUCAAUACAAUUACAUUACCAGAUUUCAGUGAUCCUGAAACAGGUUCAGUCCAUGCCACAUCAAUAGCAGCUUCCAGAGUGGAGCAAGCAUUGUCUGAGGUUGCUUCUUCCCUGCAAAGCAGUGCCCCUAAACAAGGUCCCCUGCAUCCUUGGAUGACUCUGGCUCAAAUAUGGCUUCAUGCAGCUGAAGUCUAUAUAGGAAUUGGGAAGCCUGCUGAGGCCACAGCGUGUACCCAGGAAGCAGCAAAUCUCUUUCCAAUGUCACAUUAUGUUCUCUACAUGAGGGGGCAGGUGGCUGAACUUCGUGGAAAUAUUGAUGAAGCCAAACGCUGGUAUGAAGAAGCCUUAUCCAUUAGUCCUACCCAUGUGAAAAGCAUGCAGAGGCUGGCUCUGAUACUUCACCAGCUUGGGCGCUAUAGCUUGGCAGAGAAGAUUCUCAGAGAUGCUGUCCAGGUGAACUCCACAGCCCACGAGGUCUGGAACAGCCUGGGAGAGGUGCUGCAGGCUCAAGGCAAUGAUGAUGCUGCGACCGAAUGCUUCCUGACGGCACUGGAGCUUGAAGCCAGCAGUCCCGUGGUCCCUUUUACCAUCAUCCCCAGGGUCCUGUGAGAGGGCAUCUCCAUCAACCAGUUUUUGGUCUUGACUUCUGGGUGAGCAAACCCACUCUGUGAGACUGCCUGGUAACUGGUUAGUUUGAGAAACUUCAGAGCUACAGGUUACAAACUCCACUCUUUUGUGGGAAAGUGGCCAGAGCAGGGAGGUGCCACCAUAUGUUAAUGUCAGGCUGAUAGGACAGAGUGGUAAGCCACAGCCAAAUAACUUGUAUUGCCUGCAGUUUUGCCCUGGUAGUUUUAAAACAUCGUUAUAUUGUUCAUGGAUGAUGUGCCAUAUUUUGUUAGUGAAACUGGAGUGUUACAUAAAAUCAUAAUGGAAUCAACUACCAAUUGUAGAAUAAGUUAAGAUUCAGUGGCAGAGCAGACUAUUUUUAACAAGGCUGUUAAUAAAACUGUUCUCUUCCUGCCUCUCAACCUCUUUUGGCCCAAAGUCAAAAUGUGAAUUUUCUGUUUCCAUCUCUAUUUUAGUCCAGGCCAGAAAAUCAGUUGAAUUCUUAUUUUUAGUUGUUAAUAACUGUGAUGUGUGGCUAACUGUUAUCUAGAGCAAAGGCUGAGUACAAGAAUAUUUAUAUUUUACCAAUGUAUGCCUGUUACAAAAAAUAUAUUAGUUAUUUAAGUUUAACUUUUUUAUGUGAAUUCAGAGUUUAUUUAUCAAUGGAAAUAUGUAAAAAGAAGCCUCAAAUGGAAUAUUUACCGACAUUCCUUAUACAUGAACCCAGACUUGGCUAAAUGGGAAGAUUAUGUUAAUAAUAAAAUGAUUUUUAAAUGGAA